UGGUUGGGUUCUAAUCACUCAUCUCUACUUUCAAUUGAUUCAGCACUUUUCCUACUCUCUUCUUUGUGGGCUUACAACAGCCAUAUACAUACCCAGAUCUGUCAAUUAAGAAGGGUAUCAUUAGACUCGAUAAAUAUGGAUAACCAAUUGACAAGAAAAGAAGGCACAUUGAUUGCCAUGGCAACAUCUGGAUCCUUUUCGCACGGCCGAGGCACAGACAAAGCAGCACAAAUUCACCACAUCAGGUUGCCAUUUCCAUUCUAUCAAUGAAGUUUGAUUUUUGUUGAGCAAUAACAAUAAGAAAGUAGGGUGGAAUAAAAAACCUGGCCAAAUCGCUCUAAAACCUUUUCAAACCCAUCCCCAAUUUCAAAUAGACAUGAAAGGCAAUGGAGUGAGGAAAUGACUAGAGCAACGCUUGAGGAGGAAAGGAGUGGUGGGUGAAUGCAAUGUCGUAGGGUGUUCCUUCGAUCUUUGAAAUUCCUUGUAGAAGGCUGGAUCUAGAGGCUCAAUCUCCAUUCUGAACACCAUGGAAGUCGCAAACCCUAAGAAACACAAGCGGGACAGCUCCAUCGCACUCGUCGGUGACAACGACCUUUCUCUCUUCGAAGCCAUUAAGAAAUCUCAGAGCACCAUCGAUGUGCUGGACAUCUGCACCCUCAAAAAACUAGUCUUCUCCUUCAAGCGUCGAUUUAGAAAGAACAUCAAGGCUUGCGUCAAGUACCAAAACCAGUUGGAGCACUUUGCGAACUCCGAGGUAGACCUCCAUGACAACCUCCGAAAGCUCAAGAUCCUCACUAAAGCCCUCGAGCUAUACCCCGACCUUGUCAAUCUAAACACCAUCCCUUCUAUAGUUAAUCUUUUGUUGCCUGGGUUCACAAUGAACCCCAUGCUUGGAAUCGCGACAAACCCAGUGAACCUAGGCACAUGGGUUCGCCUUUCCAAAUCUAAUUUCCAUAAGGCAAAGCCUAACUACCAAUUAAUGGAUCUUUCUCUCUUAUUCCCAUCACAAUAUUCUAUGUUUGCCAUCCUUUUCUUUCCAGUGCUCCUAUUCUCUCUUCUAUGGAUAUCAAACUAUCUGUUCAAGAACAAGAAGAGAGAGGUGCCACAAGCUGGUGGUGCAUGGCCGCUAAUCGGCCAUCUCCACCUCCUUAGAGGGUCACAACCACUCCAUAUUACCCUCGGUAACAUGGUAGAUAAGUAUGGACCAAUCUUCACCAUCAAGUUGGGUUCGCGUAAAGUUUUGGUGGUGAAUAAUUCAGAAAUUGCUAAAGAGUGCCUCAUCACCAACGAUAAAGCCUUCGCCAGUCGACCAAAAUUUGUCUGCACGGAGCUCUUGGGAUACGACAACUCCAUGAUGGGCUUCGCCCCUUAUGGACCUUACUGGCGUCAAGUUCGUAAGAUCGCCACUCUCGAGCUCCUCUCAAACUACCGACUCGAAAUGCUCAGGCAUGCUCGAGAAUCCACAAUAUAUGCAUCUCUACAAGAGUUAUAUGGACUAUGGAAGAAACAGAGAGAUAGCUCUGAUAAAGCAUUGGCGGACAUGGAAAAAUGGUUUGCGAAUGUAAGUCGUAACGUGAUGGCGAAGAUUAUUGUAGGGAAGCAGCCGAAUAGUAGUGAUGCAGAGAGUGAAAGAUGGAUAAGGUUGUUGAAGGAAUUCACGGAAUUAAGUGGGAGGUUUGUGUUAGGAGAUGCUUUACCAUUUUUGAGAUGGUUGGACAUAGGAGGUGAUGAGAAGACCAUGAAAAAGACGGCAGCCGAGCUAGACCAACUUGCAGAGGAAUGGUUACAAGAACACAAGCACCGAAAAAUCUCAGAUGAAACCAAAAGCGAUGAAGACUUCAUGGAUGCUAUGCUAUCAAUUAUUGGUGUCGACAAUGAACAACUUGAUGAUAUCACUAUCAAAGCUACCUGUUUGGCAUUGGCCAUUGCGGGCAUAGACACCUCAUCAAUAACAUUGAUAUGGGCUUUGUCUUUACUACUAAACAAUCGGUAUGCUUUGAAAAAGUUGCAACAUGAAAUAAACACUAUUGUUGGUGAAGAAAGGAAAGUGAACGAAUCAGACUUAAAAAAUCUUAAUUAUCUUCAAGCAAUUAUCAAAGAAACAAUGCGUUUAUACCCUGCUGCACCCCUUUUAUUACCUCACCAGUCAACUGAAGAUUGCACUGUGAGUGGCUUUCAUGUUCCUGCUGGGAUUGGCAUGUUCAUCAAUCUUCCUAAAAUUCAACGCGACUCGUCCAUGUGGAUGAAUCCUGAUGAAUUCCAACCGGAAAGAUUUCUGUUGAGUAAUAAGGAGGUUGAUGUUAGGGGUAAGAAUUUUGAGCUGAUACCGUUUGGUAGUGGGAGGAGGAUAUGCCCUGGGAUCAACCUUGCGCUUCAAGUUACGCAGCUUACCCUCGCUAAUUUGGUGCACGGAUUUGAGAUUUCAACCUUGUUAGACCAACCAGUUGAUAUGCAGGAAGGAGUAGGUCUGACCAAUCUUAAAGUUGCUCCACUUGAAGUCCUUAUAAUCCCGCGCCUUCCUGCUGCUUGUUACGAGGUGAAUUAAUUAGGGGCAUUAGCAAAAAGCUUAUUGGGGUGUAUUUCGACUUUAAAAUAUAUAUAUAUAUAGCUAAAAAUUUGGGAUGUGUUUGGCUGUUGGACUACCCCUAAGCCUCCCUCUUGACUUCAUGAUGGAUGCAAACUCAACAGUGAUCCAAAUAAAGAAAAAGGGGCAAAGAAAAGGGGAAAAGUGAAGUCUUUGUGAUGGUGAGGGUGUUCAGGAGACAUCGAAAAUAAAGUUAAUGGCCAGAGAUGAAAUGAAGAAGGUGAAUGGAGGUUUUGUAGAAGGAGAGAAUUUGUGGAGAAAGGAUAGGCUGAAAUUUUUUU